ACCGUGGGAAUAUUCUCUCCUCUGAAUCAUACCUCCCACUCCAAACGUUUCUCUAACCGUGUCAAAGGUGUCAAACAAUCUGUUCAAUUCCUCCGAACAGUUAAAACCGAUGUCUUUCCGAACCCCUCGGUUAUUUACACGACAGCAGACGACAGUGAACCGACGACAGAGGCAGAAGGGGCCUGUUCUUAUCUUUUUGUCUCUGUUCAGUCCAGUGCUCGGGUGAAUUGACUCAGUUGUCUCAGUUCCGCGAGUGCAGUUGCUGAGGUAUCUCCGUGGCCGUUACCUUUCCCCCUGACAUAAAAAAAGACGCACAGAAAAAAACGAAUAAAGAACCAAACGGUCAGAGUGCCCUGGUACCCGUGUAGGAAGCGAGCUAAAUCAUGGCGUCAGCAAAGAGAAAGCACGACGAGAAACAUCUGAAAAUACUCCGGGAACUAGUGUCACAAGGUGGUAAUAAAGAGUGUUUCGAUUGCAGACAGCGUGGACCAACGUACGUAAACAUGACAAUUGGUUCAUUCGUCUGUACCUCAUGCUCUGGGAUGUUGAGAGGUUUGACACCUCCGCACAGAGUAAAAUCAAUCUCCAUGGCGACAUUUACCCAAGAGGAGAUUGAGUUCAUAAAGGAGCGGGGAAAUGAGCACUGCAGAAGGAUAUGGCUUGGUCUGGUGAACGCAAAUAAUCAGCCGACCUUAGACACUAAAGACGAGCAAAAAAUGAAGGAUCUCAUGACAGCGAAGUACGAGUUAAAGAGAUACUACUUGGAUCCAUCGAUGGCCAGUGAAAAUAAUUCUCCUCAAACAGUGGAGAAAAGUCGACUGUAUAACGACAAACUGUCGUUAUUACCCAAAACUCUAGCUGAUAAUUCUCCUAAAAAUCGUUCCCUCGAUGCUAAUUCAACGCAGAAUGCAAACACAUUGCAAAAACCAAAUCAGAGGAAGGUGUUGAAUGGGGGAAGAUCUAAUCAAAGUAUACCGAGAGUACCUAAUGUUGGCACUCUGCCAGUGUUAUGUACGCCGAAUGGGAAGAAGAAAAAUAUUGAACCCGUUGAUGCUUUUACCGCUGAUUUCGCUGACUUCAGCCGAGCCCAGGACUCAUUCGCAUCCACUACGUCACGCUUCCCUCCGCCCAUUGAACAGCCGUCCUUUGCUAAUUUUGAUAAUAAUCCGGCGUUUGAUUCAACACAGAAUACUGACUUAUCAGCAACAUUCACGCAAACCGGGAAACCCUACAUGUCCAAUUUCAAUGGGAUCAAUGCCCCACCAUCAGAAGACCGAUAUGCAGCCUUGAAGGACUUGGACUCGAUGAUGAAAAAGACGCAGUUGAAAGAGGACACACCCACUGCCACUCUGGCAUCUCCGCCGUGGAUAACGAAUAACUCGAACAGUCUCUGGGGCAAUGAUCAGAGCCACGUUAUUUCAAAUCCAUUCACAGGAACCGACUCGUGGCGACCAUCGCUACAUGUCAUGAACAAUAAUAAUAUGCAAUCUGUGGACAAUACGAUCUGCAGUCCUGCGAAUCCAUUUAGACAAAUGCAAUUCCCGGUUAACAAUGAAUCCCAAUGGAUAUCCUUUGGAUCUCAAAAUACCAGUGAGGUACAUCCAUCUAGUCAAGUGAUGACUCCACUCCCCGGAAAAGUCUGGCAUCCGACAGUAACCGCUUAUCAGGCAAACCCUUUCAUGGUGGGCACUGGUGUGGGAAAUCCGGCAAGGAGUUCGAACAAUCCAUUUUUAUGAUUAGAAGCGAGAAAGAAUGUUCGAGUUGUGUGAGCUAAUGAACAAAAUUAAUGCAAUAUUGACAAAAAAAAAAUAAUCCUUUGACAAUUUUAAAUCGUAUAUUCGUAGAUUAGACGAUGAGAUUUUUCGAAAAAACAAAAUAGUUCCUUGACAUGACUUUUGGCUGAGAAUGCCGUUAACAUUUUAUUCUUUUAAAAAAGAAGCCUCUCUUUUAGUUCUUCGGCCUUAAUUUUAUAUUGUUAUUUCGCGUAAGAAACGAUAUGAAAAAGAAACCUAAAGUGAACUUAUUUAUGAAACUAUUAUACACGUUAAAUAAAGAAACUACUAUUUGUUACUAAAUCAUGUGUUUUCUUUUAAUUCUCGGAAAACAUUGAGAUGAAAAUAAAAAUAUGUAAAAAUGUCAAAAGUGACUGAUGAGAGCCAGUGAUCAAAAGUAAUUCUAAUAAAUGAAAAUUAUCAAUCUAUGUGAUUUUAAACUGGGUGAAAAUGUCAUUAACAUUUCUCUCUAAAAAAGCCUGUCUUGUAUUUCUUCGGCCUUUAUUUUUAAUUCGCAAAUGAAAACUAAUGUAAACUUAUUUAUGAAAAUAUUACAUGCGUUGAAUAAAGAAAUUAAUGUUUGUUAUCAA